AUGCAUAGAUCACCAUCCUCCUCCGGGCUGCUCCCGCUUCCGGGCUCCCCAGGCUCAUCAUGGCCAGUGUACAAGGCCAGGUUUAAAGCCAUCUUCAAGGGCGCUGACCCCCCCGUCCUGGUAGCCUUCUGGCUCUUCGGCCUAAUCAACAACGUCUCCUAUGUAAUCAUCCUCUCCGCAGCACUCGACCUCGUCGGGCCCACGAUUCCCAAAUCCGUCGUCCUCCUCGCCGACGUAAUGCCCUCCUUCAUCACAAAGCUCAUUGCUCCAUACUUCAUUCACGCGAUCCCCUAUUCGAUGCGUGUGCUGGUGAUGACAGCGCUCUCGACAGGCGGCAUGUUCCUCAUUGCCCUUGCCCCAAACUCCAUUCCCAUUAAACUCUUCGGCAUCGCACUUUCAUCCGUUAGCAGUGGAGCCGGAGAACUCUCAUUCCUGGGAUUAACUCACUACUACGGCCCCUUCAGCCUCGCAGCUUGGGGUUCUGGAACAGGAGGCGCAGGACUGGUUGGGGCGGGGUUAUACGUCUUCUUGACGAGCACGUUAGGGUUGGCUAUCAAGAAAACCCUUCUAACGUGCGCAUUUCUCCCAUUCAUAAUGCCCAUCGCCUUCUUCCUCGUCCUCCCACUCGGUCCACUCCGCCGCGCAGCAAGCGCGAAGGAUUACACAGAGGUAAACCCGGACGACGAUAGUACCCCAACAAUAAUAAGAGACGACUACGACGAGGAAGAUAUCUCCCACCUACCUAUUUCCUCAGCAUCCGAAUCGCUCCUCGCCCCCGGUCCCUCUAUCGCCUCCUCGGCAUAUGCAUCCCACUCACCGGUCCGCAGCGGCUCGUCUUCGUCCCUUUCGACGACGAGCAACAAACCCACCCUCCUCCGCAAUCUCAGACGCGCACGUCGUCUCUUCAUCCCCUACAUGCUCCCUUUACUCCUGGUUUAUAUCGCAGAAUAUACCAUAAACCAAGGUGUCUCCCCCACCCUCCUCUUCGACUUGCCCAGCACGCCAUUCACAGCCUACCGAUCCUUCUACCCCUUCUAUAACCUACUCUAUCAACUCGGCGUCUUCGUCGCCCGAAGCAGUAGCCCUUUCAUCAGACUACACAACCUAUACCUCCCAUCAUUCCUACAAGUAGCCAACCUCCUCCUACUCAUAAGCCAGAGUCUAUGGUGGUGGAUCCCCUCCAUAUACAUAGUAUUCAUCAUAAUUUUCUGGGAAGGGCUACUAGGCGGUGCGGUGUAUGUCAAUACAUUUGCAGAGAUCAUGGAGAACAUCCCUGAAGGAGAUAGGGAGUUCAGUCUAGGUGCUACGAGUGUGAGUGAUAGUGGAGGUAUCUGUAUCGCCGGGUUUUUGGGUAUGGUGCUUGAGGUUGUGUUGUGUGAUACGCAGGUUAGGAAUGGGAGGGAUUGGUGUAGGACGAUGAGCUCUUGA